GAAGUAUAAAGGGACAAAUGUAUGUUGUUGGUUGAAUAGAAAGCUUUGAAAGACAUCGUUCCCUAAACAUGGCAGCACACCUAAAAAAGCGAGUUUAUGAGGAAUUUUCUAGAGUUGUACAGAUCCCCCAUGAAGAAGCUCCAGCCAAGAAGCUACGUCUGUCCAAACCUAGCAAGUCUGCGGCUCUGCACGUUGACCUCUGCAAGGCCACCAACUCCACUGAUGCCCUGCAGUACCUGCUGCAGUUUGCACGCAAGCCCGUGGAGGUGGAGAGUGUGGAGGGUGUGGUCAGGAUCCUGUUGGAGCACUACUACAAGGAGACAGAUAACUCGGUGAGGCUGAAGAUCGCCUCACUGCUGGGUCUGCUGUCCAAAACGCAAGGCUUCAGCCCCGACUGCAUUGUGGACGACGCCAUCAAUACACUGAACAAUGAGAAGUCCCAUCAGGUCCUCGCCCAGCUGCUGGACACUCUGCUGGUCAUUGGCACACAACUACCAGAGAGUCCUACAGUCAGACAGAGGCUCAUAGAGAUGGCCUGCAAGCACCUGUCAGAUACAUAUUUCGGAGUGAGGAACAAGUGUCUGAAGCUCCUCGGGUGUCUCGGCACGGUGGACGCUCCGCUGACCAAAGACAACGAGGGACUUGGCACAUCAUCAGGAGGAGCGAGGGACGUCCAGAGUAUCAUCAGCGACUACUUCGGAGACCAGGACCCCAGAGUUCGCACUGCAGCCAUCAAAGCCAUGCUGCAGCUGCAUGAGAGAGGAAUGAAGAUUCAUGAGAUCAUUUAUGAACAGGCCUGCAGGUUGCUGACAGAUGACUACGAGCAGGUCCGUUCUGCAGCGGUGCAGAUGGUUUGGGUGCUCAGUCAGCUGUACCCGGAAAGCAUUGUUCCCAUCCCGUCGUCCAACGAGGAGAUCCGGCUUGUUGAUGAUGCAUUUGGGAAGAUCAGUCACAUGGUCAGCGACGGCUCCUGGAUGGUGCGGGUGCAGGCUGCCAAAACACUGGGUUCGAUGCUGCAGGUCAGUCCUCACUUCCUGGAGCAGACGUUGGAUAAGAAGCUGAUGUCAGAUCUCAGGAGGAAGCGUACGGCCCACGAACGGGCGAAGGAGCUCUUCACUUCUGGAGAGUUCUCCUCUGGCAGGAAGUGGGCCGACGACGCCCCCAAGGAGAAGUUGGACACGAACACCGUCUACCUCAUUGCCUCGGGGGCCUGCGGGGCCUUCGUUCACGGUCUGGAGGACGAGAUGUUUGAGGUCCGUAUUGCGGCGGUGGAGGCGUUGUGCCAGCUGGCUCGCUCAUCUCCCAGCUUCGCCGAAAAGUGCCUGGACUUCCUGGUCGACAUGUUCAACGACGAGAUCGAGGAAGUGAGGCUGCAGUCCAUCCACGUGCUGAGAGAAAUAUCCACCAACAUCACACUCCGUGAGGACCAGCUGGACACCGUGCUAGCUGUGUUGGAGGACUCGUCUCGUGACAUCAGAGAAGCCCUCCACGAGUUGAUUUGUUACACCAACGUCUCCACUAAAGAGUGCAUCCAGCUGGCUCUGCUGGAGCUGUUGAAGAACCUCAACAAGUAUCCCACCGACCGCAACUCCGUCUGGAAGUGUCUGAAGUUCCUUGGUUCCCGUCACCCAACGCUGGUGUUGCCGCUGGUUCCUGAGCUGCUCAGCACACACCCAUACUUCGACACACCAGAGCCUGACAUGGACGAUCCAGCUUACAUUGCGGUGCUGGUGUUGGUGUUCAACGCUGCCAAGUCCUGUCCCACCAUGCCGGCGCUGUUCUCCGACCACACCUUCAGACACUACGCCUACCUGAGGGACAGUCUGUCUCACCUCGUACCGCCACUGAGGUUGCCGGGCAACGGUCUGGACUUGGUGGACUCGCGUUGUAGUUCGGGUUCAGUGGAAUCAGCUCAGCUCUUCCUUCAGCAGAGUCUGAACAGGGUCAGCACCAUACAGAACCUGGAAGCACCAGGAGCCCAGGACCUGCUGAACUUCACGAUUCGAGACCUGCGGCGGCUGGGGGAGCUGCAGACGGAGCUCGCUGGAGCCGCUGAUUUCUGUGCUACAUACCUGCGCUGCCAGCUGCUACUCAUGAAGGCUCUGCAGGAGAAGCUGUGGAACAUGGCUGUCCCUCUCUGUCUCAAACAAAACGUCACGGCCACAGCCGCUGCUCAGCAGAUCUUAGAGGAAACCUACAAGCUGGAGUUUCUGUACAGCGGUUUAGAGAGCAGACAGGUGGCCACCAUCCAUCAUGUUCGCCUCCAGGCCAAAGCUCUGCAGCUCGUCCUGACUGCUCGCACCAGGCAAGGGUUGGAUCCUCUCAUCAGCAGCUGUGAGAAGUUUUUGCAGGACAUUGAGUCGUUUCAGAGGCUGUUUCUGGCAGAGCUGCCCCACCUGCAGGACAGCUUUGUGGAUAAUCUUUUGGAGCUGAUGCCCCGGCUGUCGUCCUGUAAACCGGUGGAGAUGGUGAAGAUCCUCCAGACGACUCUGAGACAGAGCGGCCUGCUGCAGCUCAGGCUGCCUGAGCAAAUCCAUCGGGCCACAGCCAACAUCAUAGAGCCGACGGGGGAGUCGGACAACCCGCUGAGGUUCACCACCGGCCUGGUGGUGGCGCUAGAUAUCGAUGCAACGCUGGAGCACGUCAAGGAUCCCCAGAACACUGUGAAAGUACAGGUUUUGUAUCCGGAUGGCCAGAGUCACGUGAUUCAUCCUAAACCUGGAGACUUCAGAAAGCCUGGACCUGACAGACACAGACUCAUCACACAGGUCUACCUAUCACACACCGCGUGGACAGAGCCGUCUCAGAUCGAGGUGCGCCUCCUGCUGGCCUACAGCUCCUCCUCAACCUCCCUCUCCUUCCCUUCGUCGGCCUCCAAGCUGGGAUGGAGCGACAGCAUUGACAGCCUCCCGCCACCAGACGCCGCCGUGGAGGGAACCAUUCCGUUCAGCAAGCCCGUAAAAGUCUACAUCAUGCCCAAACCCGCCCGCCGCUAACAG